AUGGCGGAAUUGGACCCCGAUAUGUACCCGAAUCUUGACGAUAUAUGGCCGACUGAUAAACCAGGCGACGACGAUGGCGCACCGAGUGCAAAGACAGUGUUGAUUGUAUUGCUGUAUCUAGUUGUGUUUCUAAUAGGCGUCACAGGCAAUGCUUUAGUGGUAACGUUGGUGGCGCUAAAUGACCACAUGCGAAGUGUAACCAAUAUGUUCAUUUCACAAAUUGCUCUUGGUGACAUCAUAAUGUUGAUCCUGGCCAUGCCCUUUGACAUCAUCAGUAAAUAUGUAUAUGAGGAUUGGCGGUUUGGAACUGCUGUCUGCAAGACUAUGUCUUUUGUUAAAGACUAUUCAUUAGCAGUCGCAGUAUUUACUCUGACAACCAUGAGUAUUGACAGGCUUUUCACACUGUCUCGUGCAUUGAGAAAAUAUAGCAUUCGCACGAUGAAGAAGUUUUUCACUGUUGGAGUUAUCAUUCAACUGCUCUCCGUGACUGCUGCUAUUCCAUCGUCUACCUUCAGUGAUGUGUUGCAUGAAUCUACAGCUGGCAAUUUAAAUGCAAGCAACGCCAAUUCGUCAACCCAUGUGUGUGCUCUGAAUAUGGGAUCUUCUGGUUUGCUGUCAAUGUCUCUCUCGCGUGUAUUCCUCUUGUAUGUUUCACCACUUAUAAUUAUCAGUGUGUCAUUCACGAAGAUUAACGCGUUUCUUAGAUCGACGGAAGCCCAGGUUUUGCUGUCCUCAAAUCAGAAAAUCAUGGCUGCCUGCAAGAGGGCGCUAAACUUACUACUAACGUUGGUCGGAUUAUAUGCCUUUUUGCUUCUACCAACCGCCAUUGACACCAUUGUUAGAUCGUUAUAUUACAAUAAGUGGUCUUCCCUGUACCUUUUCCUUGUCGACACUGCACUGUAUGCUAUCUGUGUCUAUAAACCGGUCGUUUACUCUUUAUUGAGCACGAACUUUCGACGUGGGUUUCAUGAGCUAAUUUGUUGUGUGAGGAGUAGCUCCAAAAAGAACAUGUUUGACAGCCACGAUGACACUUCAACACUGGACACCAAUGCAUUAUGGUUUAACAGUGAUGGCAGCGAAAGCAGUGUGGGGGAUAGAGUGUAA